UAUCGACUGACAUCUUGCACUGGAGUGGCACUGGCUGCAGACUUCUCUGCCCAGUUGCGAAACUCAGCGUGUAUUGUCUUCGGAUUUACCUUGUUCAUUGAGAGAGCUUCCCUGCUCAACACACCCACAACAUCCUUACAAUAUGGGAACACCGUCGCAGCCCUCCGCAGUUGACCUCAACUCUCAGCAACGCUUCUUCCACUACUUCCAGCAAGAAAUCACCGCUCUCCAAGAGCAGAUGGACCGGCUCGCAGAUACCGCUGUAACUGGUGGCGAACGAUCGGACGCCGCAGACCAUUGCCUUGCUGGCAUCACGCGACUCUCAAAUGAAGUCAAGGAUGCUUCGGGCAAUAUCCCUCCCUACGACCAAAGAACAUACGCUGAGGCAAUCAAAGCUCUGCAAGAAAGACUGGACGAGACUCGAAAAGCCUUUGCUCCCAAACCAAAAUUUGCCUUCAAAACUGCACACAAGAGCCCUUCAGCCUUGUCUCUAAAUGACGCGGCAGAAUUGGCGGCAGGGAAACGUCGCGGCGUGCCAGGCUUUCUUAGUCCGGACUCAGAGACGAACUCCUCCUUCACCAAUACUCCUGCAUAUAAUACUACGCCUCAGAAUGAAAGAGCGACUGAGGGGGAGGAGGAAAGCAUCGACGCAGCCAAAAUCAAAAGACAGACACAGGAUGCAGCCGAUCCGAAGAGGGACUCAGCAACAGACCGACCCUCCCUAUCAACAACCGCAACCUCAAUCUCCAUCACCAACCAGACACAUACGCACAUCAUCCUACCUUCAUCCUCACUCAACUCCCAAACACCGUGCUCGCUAUCAAGACUCUCAAACUGCGUCCUCGACCUCUCCGUUCCCACCACGGCAACCGCACCUUUCGCCAGCAUCACCAUCAACCACGUCUCUGCAUCGCUCCUCCUCUGUGGUGCUGUCUCCGGCCCAGCCCACAUCACUGGCGUCAAGAACAGCAUCCUCGUCAUCAAAUGCCGCCAAUUCCGCAUGCAUGAAUGUCACAACGUCGACAUCUACCUGCACUGCACCAGCAGACCUAUCAUCGAGGACUGCACGGGCAUACGGUUUACCACGUUGCCGAAAUUUCACUCCGACUUGAUUAUGAAUUCACAAGAAGCGUCCGACAUGUCUCCGAAUCAAUGGAAUCAAGUCGACGACUUCAAAUGGCUAAAGUCCGAACCGAGUCCCAAUUGGUCCAUUCUGCCAGCCGAAGAUACCGUACCGGACGAGACAUGGCGGGAAAUCGUGCCAGGAGGUCCUGGCUGGAGUCUGCGCGAUAUUCUGCGAGCAGUUGGCCUGCCGAGUGAAGGCAACAACGGAGAUACAAGCUGAGAUCUGACAAGAAAGUAGCGCCGGUAGAGACGAAAGGACGAAAAAGAUUCGCCUCCAGGCCACAGAAUGAAGAAGUCCGGGCUAUGUGCCUUCAGGACGUGUGAGUGAGUAUGCCGUGCGAGUAUAAAUCGCAAUGGUCCUAUUUGGUGCAACAGCUAUGAACGAGGGAGGUAUAGCCAGGUAAGCGACGUAGCACAAUCAUACCUUGGCCCAGCGUCGUACAGCACAGGCACAGCGUGGGAGGCUAGCUGGGAGUUUAAUCAGAGGACAACGAAGAACAGAUCUCUCGAAUGAAGAAUGAAUACGAAGACAAGACGAAGACACGGAUAUUAUGGCUGGAUGCGAUAGAUGAGGCAAUUCAACCUCGUGGUAAUAUAUAGUAAUGACAGAUGUCUAACUUGGUGAUAUCAG